GUCAAAUAAUGGGUACUUGUGCUACGUGUAAUACAAAGAUAGAAAUCGUGGAGAGUGAUAUUAUGAUAUCUAAAGAAAGUGUUUUUUAGAAAUUAAAAGAGUUAAAUCAAAAUACAAAAUCAACAAUUUUUUUGACAAUGAGAAGCAAUAAAAAGAUUGGUUAUGAAAAUUUAGUAGAUUAAUCUUCAUAAGUUAGUGAAAUAAAUGAUGAAAGAUCUGAAAUGAAAAAUAUACAUGGGAGUGUCAAAUUAAGAAAGAGAAUUUAUAGUUUUUAAGAAAAGCAAUUAUAGUAGGCGCAUUUUCUUAUUAAUGAUCAAAAUGACUCUGCUAAAGUUAGAUGUUUUAGAUUUACAGAUCCUAAUCUUCCUAGAAAUUUAUCAAACUCAUCAAGUUCAAAUAGUUAAUUUAGAGAAUUUAAUGCACAUUUCAAAAUUAGUGAUAAAUAAAUUAUUGAAUCUGAUGAAAGUAAAUCAAUAAAAAGUAUUUUAAAAAAAAAACCAAGGUAAUAGAGUGAGACUAAAUCGGUUCACUUUGCAAAAAAUAUUGAUAGUUAAACAAGAAUAAAAUCAAAAUCUUGUCAUCAUAAAUAAAAUAAAAAAAAAAAGAAAAAGCUAAUUAAAAAUCAUACUUAAAGAUAUGA